GAAGGUUCGUUAUAAGAUUAGUUGUGCAAUGGUAGCUCAAAACUUUUGUCCAACACUAAGCGCAAUUGAAUCUACAGAUUAAUAUUUACUUUUUUAUUAUAAAAAGAAAACAACACAGAGACACUAACAGCACAAUUCCAUGCAUUUUGAGGAUAUGGAGUGUCGUUGGAAGAAGCCAUGGGUGACGUUGAUGGGAGCAACAGUAUUGAUGAUGAUUCAAAUAUUUGGUAGCAGCAGUGGGUGCUUUCCAGAAGAGAAGAGAUCGCUGCUUGAAUUUAAGGCUUCUUAUUCGGAUGAUUCUUUGCUGCCUUCUUGGGUUGAUGAUCCCAAUAGCAAUUGCUGCGAAUGGGAGCGCGUCACUUGUGAUCCCUCUUUAAACCAUGUCACCGAUCUCUCUCUCCAUGGUUUGUAUAAAGAUGGUUCUAUGCCGAAUCAUUAUGGAGUAUUUGAUUGUUAUGGUUCUCCAAGCUUAAACAGUUCCUUGUUUCUACCCUUUAAAGAAUUGAGAACCCUUAAUUUGUCCUUUAAUUGUUUUGGAGACUUCAUUUGGAACCCAGAUAAUAGAAGCACCUCAACUUUGGAAACACUGGAGACGUUUGAUCUCAGCCACAAUAACUUAAACGAGGGUGUACUAGAGUUCUUGUUUGGUCUCACGUCCCUCAAGAAUUUAAUUCUUGCCGCUAAUAAUUUUGUUGGACUCUUUCCUAGCAAAGGAAUAUGUAAAUUGAAGCAACUUGAAGUGCUGGAUUUGGGUGGCAAUGAUUUCGAAGGAACUUUGGAUAUAUGUCUUAGUAAUAUGUCAUCACUUCGGACUCUGGAUUUCUCAGAUAACUCCUUAAGCGGGAAGAUUUCAACAACUCUGAUUGCUAGUCUUGUAUCGCUGGAGCAUCUUUCCCUUUAUGGCAACAAAUUUGAAGGUGUAUUCUCGUUAAAUAUCUUGGCCAACCUUACAAAGCUUAAGGUGUUACAACUUGGAGAUAUGGAUUCCAGGACUUUUCAGGUGCAAACAGAACACCCUGCUUGGAAUGCAUCAUUUCAGUUGGAACAGCUAAACCUUUUCUCUUGUAAAAUCAACUCACCUACAUACAGAACACCUUCUUUCCUUUCAUCCCAGAAUAGAUUAAAAUUUCUUGAUCUAUCAAAGAACAACCUGGUUGGUGAAUUUCCUAAUUGGAUGCUUGUGAACUACACAAAACUAAAAGCACUGUAUCUGAAUGGUAACUUCUUCACUGGGAAUAUAAAACUUCCCUGUGGUCCAAUUUUACAUGGCAUGGAUCAACUACAUGUGUUGGACAUAUCAAGCAACCAUAUCCAAGGAAAGCUCCCCAACAACGUAGGAUUCUUCUUCCCAAACCUAGAAUAUCUGGAUGUCUCAAGCAAUAUGUUUGAUGGUCAUAUUCCGGCCUCGAUUGGAGAGAUGUCUAACUUGACAGUGUUGAAUCUGGGAAACAAUAGCAUCUCUGGGAGCAUGCCUGAGAACAUUGUUAUUGGAUGCACCUCGUUGUUACAUCUGUUUAUAGAAGAAAACCAGUUGAAUGAGACACUUUUAAGUUGUAUUGCAAAACCCGGACUUUAUACCUUGAGUGCGUCAAGGAACAACUUUGAAGGUUCGAUAGUAACACAAGACAAAUGCCAACAUGACUUUAUUUUCCUAGAUUUGUCUCAAAAUAACUUCUCUGGUGCAUUGCCCUCUUGCUUGAACAUGUCCUCGGCAAAAAUAAUUUACUUGUUUGGAAAUCGUCUUACUGGCGCAAUACCUGAAGGAUUAUUGAAUAGUCGCCGCUUGUUGGCCAUUGAUUUAAGUGACAACAACUUUAUGGGAACUAUUCCAGAGAGCAUCUAUGAUUCUGAGUCAUUGACAUUACUUUUACUGGGAAAGAAUCAGCUACAGGGUAAUCUCUCUAGCCAGAUAUGUGAAUUGAGAAAUCUCCAGGUUUUGGACCUUUCAGAAAAUAGUUUGACUGGGUCCCUUCCUUCUUGCUUAGAAAAUCUCAGAUUUGCUGGGCGUAUGCAAUUUUUGAAUUUCCCAAAUAUUGAUUUCAUAAGCCUAAUUCCAUUGAAUUCAGAAUAUGAUAUGUUUGGCUUUGCCAUGUAUGCGGGCUAUACGUAUGUACAAGUGACAUUGAAAGGUCGUCCCCUUUUAUAUCAUGGUAAUUUAGUCGAAUUAAUCUCAUUAUUAGAUUUAUCAUCUAAUCGAUUGACAGGGGAGAUUCCUCAUCAAUUAGGAGAUCUAAGUCGCCUUAUUGCACUCAAUUUAUCUCACAACCGUUUGAGUGGGCUAAUUCCAGAGAGCUUUCACAAGAUGCAAAGCAUGGAGAGUUUGGAUCUUUCAAAUAACCACUUGAGUGGACAAAUCCCUAUUCAGUUGUCAGAGUUGACCAGUUUAUCGCAUUUCAAUGUGUCAUACAACAAUCUAUCAGGUAGAGUACCUAAUGAGAAUCAAUUUGAAACCUUUGAUAAUAGCAGCUACCAAGGAAAUCCAUAUCUCUAUUGGGAUAAUGAUAAUAAACACAUUCCAAUAACUCCAAUAGAUGAUGGAAAGAAAGAUGCAACUGCUGCAUCCUAUGUCACAGUGAUCUUAGUAUUUAUGGCAAUCCGUUGGAUUAAUCCCUUACAGGAGUAAGCAUUGCUUGAUUUGCCAAAGUGUUACCUUAAAUGUUU